UGGAGAAGCCAGGAAUAGAGGGGGCGAGUACCAGCCGGGAUAAAGGGUGGGGGGGAAAAAGAGUACUAAGCCACAAAGUGGGGCAGCCGAAGCUAGAGGGGGGCACUGGGGCAGAAUGCAACCCCACUUGGCACUACUGCUCCUGCUCGCCCCCAUGUGUUCCCCCCUGGACACUGAGACUCCCAAAGCUGGCUGUACCUUUGAUGCACACAGUGACAUUGGACCAUGUGAGGUCACACAGGGAAUCAAGGAUGACUUUGACUGGGAUGUGGUACACGAUCCUAAUGGAGACAUCGACCUGCCACAGGGUUCCUACCUAUUGGUGAACUCCUCCAAGCAUGCUCCAGGACAGCGAGCUCAGCUUCUCUUCCAGCCUCUAAGUGAGAAUGACACUCACUGCCUGCAGUUCAGUUACCUACUGCACAGCCGAGAUGCUCGGGGGCCGGGCUCACUGCGUGCUUAUGUACGAGUCAACGGAGGCCCUCUGGGGACAGCUGUGUGGGAGGUGUCUGGCCCUCGUGGGCGGCAGUGGCACCAGGCUGAGCUGGCAGUUAGCACCUUCUGGCCUAAUGAGUACCAGGUGCUGUUUGAAGCAGAGGUUUCUGGGACCCCUCAAGGAUACAUUGGCUUGGAUGACAUUCUCUUGUUUAGUUAUCCUUGUGCCAGGGCCCCUCAUUUCUCUCGUCUGGGAGAGGUGGAAGUGAAUGCUGGCCAGAAUGUCACCUUCCAGUGUCCUGCAGCGGGCAGAGCCAAUGAAGGAGAAAGCGUCUUGCUACAGAGGCAGAGCGGAGGUGUAGCCUCAUCUGGGAUUAUUCAGCACGUCAGCCACCACCGAUUUCUGGCUUCUUUCCUGCUUCUGGAGGUCAAACAGGAGGAUCAGGACCUGUACCGCUGUGUGAGCCGUUCCAUUCAUGGAGCAGGGGUGUCCAACUUUGCAGAGCUUGAGGUCAAAGAGCCUCCCACCCCGAUAGCUCCUCCACAGCUUUUGCGUGCUGGUCCUACCUAUCUGAUUGUGCAGCUAAACACGCGUUCCAUCAUAGGAGAUGGUCCCAUUGUACGUAGGGAGAUUGAGUAUCGUGUGAGUGGGGGAUCAUGGCGGGAGAGGCAUGCUGUUACAGCACACACAUACAAGCUCUGGCACCUGGACCCUGACUCACAGUAUCACAUAUCUGUGCUGCUCACCCGACCUGGGGAGGGGGGCACAGGCCGACCUGGACCGGCUUUGGUCAGCAGAACAAAAUGUGCAGAGCCCAUGAGAGCCCCUAAAGGCCUGACCUGCACAGUAGAAGAACCACGCCAGCUCACUCUGCAUUGGGAAGCAAUGGGUUUUAAUGUCACACGUUGCCAUACGUUUUCAGUGACUCUCUGCUAUCGCUCAGAGCCAAGUAUUGUGCAGAGCUGCAUAACAGUAGAAGGAGGAACCAGUCACUACACCCUACAUGGGCUGCCCCCAUACCGUGCUAUCCACUGCCGUCUGGCCAUCACUAACUCAGAGGGCAAGAAAGAGGGGAAGGAGGUGACCUGCUACACUCAAGAAGAUGUGCCAGGGGGCAUUGCCUCAGAGUCCCUUAUCCUCACCCCAAAGGAUGAGUCCAUUCUCCUGUCCUGGGACGAACCUGCUGAGCCAAAUGGGGUGCUCACACAAUAUGAGAUCAGCUAUCAGAUUAUUGAGUCAUCAGAUCCUGGAGUAAGUGUUCCUGGCCAGCGGAACACAGUAUGUAAACUGCCCAAUGAGACGUCACAUCUUUUUACCAAUCUGCAGCCAGGAUCCACUUACCUGCUUAGUGUGCGUGCACGUAAUAGCAAGGGCUAUGGGCAGAGUGCUCUUACUGAGAUCACCACAAACAUUUCAGCUCCUGCAUUUGAUUAUGGUGAUCUACCUCCCCCCUUGGCAGAAACAGAUCAAACUAUAACUGUGCUUUUGAGGCCUGCUCAGGGGAGGGGAUCCCCUGUUAGCUUUUACCAGGUGCUGGUUGAGGGGGAGCCUGCCCGCCGCACUCGCCGUGAGCUAGGAGUUCCUGGUUGCUUUCCUGAAGCAGGAGGCUAUGAAGACGCAGAAAAGGAUGGUGCAGCACAAUAUGUGGGGGCAGAACUGCCCCCCAGUGACUUAAAUAGAGACACCCCCUUCACUGUUGGAGACAACCGGAGUUAUAAAGGCUACUGGAAUCCACCUUUAGACCCUCGUAGAGGAUACCUUAUCUAUCUUCAGGCUGCCAGCCACCAUAGAGGGGAGACACGUUUGAACUGUGUGAGGAUUGCCAGAAAAGCUCCCUGUAAGGAUAAUCACAGCUCCUCUGUGGCUCCCCAGCGCUCUGAGGAAAUGGGUCUAGUGCUUGGAAUCUGUGCAGGAGGUCUGGUCGUGUUUAUUAUCCUGCUCGGAGCCAUCAUUCUGAUUGUACGCAAAGGAAAGCCAGUGGCUCUGACUAAAUCUGCUCUUCCAUAUCACCAUGAAAACUCCCAUGUUGCUUUGCCCAGAGAACACACCAAAGUCCCAGACCAACCCACGUUAUUGCAGGAAGAAGCAGCACUUGCAUUCCUUCCCACUUACAGCAGCAGAGGUGAAGCAAGGGGUGGAUCAGUGACAGAGUCCAGCAGUCUACUUGCAGGGUCCCCACGGCGUGGUGGGGGCAGGAAGGGAUCCCCCUACCACACAGGGCAGUUACAUCCAGCAGUGCGUGUUGCUGACCUGCUGCAGCACAUCAACCAGAUGAAGGUGGCUGAGGGCUAUGGAUUCAAGCAAGAAUAUGAAAGCUUCUUUGACUGGGAUGCAUCAAAGAAAAAGGAGAAAGGAAAGGCAAGACAAGAAGCACCACCAAGUUACGAGAGGCACCGUGUCAGACUUCACCCUCUGCAGGCCGAGUGCAGUUCAGAAGAAAUCAAUGCCAACUAUAUAGAUAUCCGGAUAAACAGAGAAGGUUACCACCGAUCAAACCAUUUCAUUGCUACACAAGGUCCCAAACAGGACAUGAUCUAUGAUUUUUGGAGAAUGGUUUGGCAGGAGCACUGUUCCAGUAUUGUGAUGAUCACUAAACUGGUGGAAGUUGGGAGGGUGAAAUGCAGCAAAUAUUGGCCAGAUUCUGUUGAGACAUAUGGAGAUAUUCGAAUCACUUUGCUUAAUACAGAGACAUUGGCAGAAUAUGCUGUGAGGACCUUCACUCUGGAGCGGCGAGGAUACACAGCCAGGCAUGAGGUCAAACAGUUUCAUUUCCUAUCAUGGCCAGAGCAUGGAGUGCCCUUUCAUGCCACAGGACUUCUUGCCUUCAUCCGCAGAGUCAAAUCCUCAACCCCACCUGAUGCAGGACCUGUUGUGGUGCACUGUAGUGCUGGUGCGGGUAGAACUGGAUGUUACAUUGUUCUAGAUGUGAUGCUGGACAUGGCAGAAUGUGAAGGAGUUGUGGAUAUUUACAACUGUGUGAAAACUCUCUGCUCUCGAAGGAUUAACAUGGUCCAAACCCAGGAGCAAUAUGUGUUCAUCCAUGAUGCCAUCCUAGAGGCCUGUCUGUGUGGCGACACUGCCAUUCCUGUGUGUGAUUUCAAACAGACGUAUAAAGAAAUGCUACAGAUAGACACACAGAGUAACUCUACACACCUCAGGGAUGAGUUUCAGACUCUAAACUCAGUAACAGCACAACUUGGAGUAGAGGAGUGCAGCGUUGCUCUGCUACCACACAACCGUGACAAGAACCGCAGUAUGGACGUGUUACCCCCAGAUCGCUCCCUCCCUCUUCUCCUAUCUGCACAUGGCGAGGACACCAGCAAUUAUAUCAAUGCUGCUCUGACUGAUAGCUACACAAGGAGCUCAAACGUAAUUGUCACACUACACCCACUGCAGACCACGAUGACCGACUUCUGGAGGCUGGUGUAUGAUUAUGGCUGCACCAGUGUUAUCAUGUUAAACCAGCUCAAUCAGUCUAACUCAGCUUGGCCUUGCCUGCAGUACUGGCCGGACAGUGGUAUCUCUAGGUAUGGACCCCUGGAGGUGCAGUUUGUGUCAGGCUCCGUAGGAGAAGAUGUAGUCACCCGUCUAUUCCGCGUGCAGAACAUCACAAGGGAAGAACAUCUCUUGGUUAAACAUUUUCAGUAUUUGCGGUGGUCCCCGUAUAGAGACACUCCAGACAGCAAACGAUCCUUUCUGCAGCUGCUAUCAAUGGUGGAACAGUGGCAGGAACAGAACAGAGAGCAUAGGACCCUGGUACACUGUUUGAAUGGAGGAGGCCGGAGUGGGACAUUUUGUGCUAGUUCAAUGAUCAGUGAGAUGAUACGUUGUCACCGUAUGGUUGAUGUGUUUUAUGCGGUGAAAAGUCUGCGGAAUAUUAAGCCAAAUAUGGUUGAGACUUUGGACCAGUAUCGUUUCUGCUAUGAAGUUGCUCUGGAAUACCUGGAAUCUCAAGAAACCAGAUAGCACUUUUAAGCAUAAUGCUUUAAAGGGGACAUAGCUUCUCCAAUACUGGGCCCUGGCUGAUGAGGAUGUACUGAGGACAUAUCUACUAAUCAGAUGCCAAAAACAAAAGGGAUGAUAUUAACCUUCCCUUAUUGCGAAUUCAGAAGGGCUGAGAAAACCCAACAGAGGCCUGUGACAUAUUGCAAACAGUGCUACCCAUUGAGUGUACAUAUUUAUGGCUGUAUAUAGCUGCAGUUCUUGCAUAGCACAGAGAACAAAAACUAUUCAACAUACAAUGAGCUCUGUUCAUAUAAGUAUAAAAUAUGCCAGUUUAUGUGACCAGGCUCACAGCAGAAUAGAUUUGACAGUGUUAGAGGGAGGGAAGGACUCAAAGAAAUGGGAUUUUGUACAAUAUAGGUAUGGAUCAUCUCUUCUUCAUAUGUGGUCCAAUAAGUAACACUGGGAAAUGUGUUUUUCCUUUAAUUAAUUAAAAGGGGGCACAGAUCUUCCUAUAUAUGUAUUGAAUGUACCCAUUUUAUCCUUUGCAUCCCAUAUACAAAGACAUUGGAUGGUCUAACCAUCAUCUGUAUAUAGGGUAAAUGAUGUAAUAGCCCUGUAAGUUAUGACAGGGUUAUUUAUAAGGAUUUAUUAUUCUCCAAUAAACUGCUUGUAUUUCGUAA